CUCAGUCUCUCCUCCGGGGCUGCUCACUAACUUCUCGUCGACACGCCACUUCAGUUCACAUUAUUUUUUGGUGCUGGAUACGACAAGCAGCGAGAAGAAGAAGAAGAAGAAGAAGACAUGGCUUCACUUCACAAAUCGCUUCUACCUUUGUUUCUUCAUCUCUGCCUUCUUCUCCACACGAGCGUGUGGGCUAAGGUGGAGGUGACUAUGCAGGAGAGUGUCGAGGUUUACCUGGAUGACUCGGCGCAGAUCCCCUGCCACUACAGCUUCACCGACAACAACGAGCCCAGCUUUGUCAUGAUCCAGUGGUUUGUGAGAGCUAAAACAAGCAGCUCACGGGUUCGUAUUUUCUACCUCGGUGGCAAUGAGCGGAUGGCGGACAACGACACUGAGUACACCACUCGCAUCAACGUGACUUCAGACCAGCACGGGACUCGACUCACCAUCCUAAACGUCCAGCUCUCAGAUCAGAGGGAAUUCUUCUGCCAAGUUAACGGUAUGGCUGCCGGGAACGCUGAGGGCAAGACCCACCUCAGAGUGUUUGCUCCUCCAGAGCCUCCAGUGAUCGAGGGGGUCCUGACUGGAAUAUCUGUGACCAAUGAGGUGCCUUCAAAGAUUGCAUCAUGUGAGGCUCAGAACGGUUUCCCUAAACCCAACAUCACCUGGUACAGGAACAACAUUCCACUGAUACCUGAAGCAGGACAUGUAAACGUGUUGAUCCUUUUCCAAGAGUUGUCCGGCUUCUACUCCCUCCAGAGCAUACUGGAGUACAAGGUGGCUAAAGAGGACAAAGACGCACAUUUCUCCUGUGAGGUCAGCUUCUUUGUCCCUGGAGCCAUCAGGACAGUGGAGUCCAGCAGCAUUAACAUCACUGUUCACUACCCCACCACCAUGGUGGAGCUGUGGAAGGACUUGCCCAAGGGCCUGGUCAAAGAGGGGGAUACUGUCGAGCUGCGUUGCCAGGGUGAUGGCAACCCCCCGUCGCCCUUCAUUUUCAACAGAGAACAAGAGCCGGAUUUGGACCUGGAGAGCAGCGGUGAUGUGUUGAUCCUGUCACCAGUGACACGGGUCGACAGCGGCAUCUACCAGUGUCGCCCUCUGGACGCAGAUAUUUACUCGGACGUCAAAGGAGAGAUGCAGCUGACUGUGCACUAUUUGGACCCGGCUGUGGUGGUCCCUAAAGACUCAGAAGUCAUGCUCAAAGGAGAAGACCUGACUGCUUCGUGCAACGCUCUGUCCUCCCUCAAAACACAAACUGUUUGGUACAAGAAUGGGCAACAGGUUGGCAAGGGGAACACGUUGCACCUGAGGGACGCCACCUAUGAAACAUCUGGAGAGUAUAUCUGCGAGGUGACGGUUCCCUCCCUGCCCGCCCUGCACACCAGUGGCUCCGUUCACAUCAUUGUCCAAGGCGGUCCUCAGAUGGUGGGAUUGGAGCAGGAGGUGCAGCUGGAGGAGGCAGCUGGCCGGAUGGUGAACCUGAGCUGUGAGGCUCAGGGUCAUCCCCUGCCGAGCAUCUCCUGGAACAUCAUCGGCAGCCAGAACUGGCAGGAGGUGGUGAUCAAGGCAAACGAGCACAUGACUCACAGCGUGGUGUCGGUCAAAGUCACCUCGGACGUUAGUGCUCUGUGCAACGCUUCAAAUGACAUGGGCACGGAGGUGAAAGCUUUCAGCAUCAAAGCCAUUCCCAGACUCACCUCCACUGCUCCCUUCUCUCCCGCUGAAGGCAGUGGGGUGAUCAUCGUGGUGAUCAUUCUGUGUCUGCUGCUGCUCGCCAUCCUCGGCAGCGUCCUCUACUUCCUGCACAAGAAGGGGAAGAUCCCCUGUGGACGCUCAGGGAAACAGGAGAUCUCCAAAGAGAAGACCACCAAAGAUGACAUUGUUGUGGAGAUGAAGAGCAACACAAAGACGGAGGAUACUGUCCUUCUAAAGGCUGUCAACGGGGACAAAAAGGGCCCCAACGAGCAGUAAAGCUGUGAUGUUGUGCAGCAGGAGGAAGCACACACGAAGCCGGCGGUCAGUGUGUGUGUGUGUGUGUGCACGUUGGAGCAGAGGAGACAACAAACAGAGGCUCCCACUGAUCUGAGACCUGCAGCCUGGACAUUCCCCCAUCAUGCUUUGUUCUGAGCAGUAUUUAGUAGAUUUACACACACACACACACACACACACACACACACACACACACACACACACACACACACACACACACACACUUCUUUGUACAGAUGUGUACUUUCUUUUCCUCCUUGAACAUUCGUUUUCUCCAUUUGUUUUGUAUGAUUUCCUCAAACUGUGUUCAGCUCUUUCUCGGCUGUGGUUCAGUGUGCGUCUUUGAUGAUGUCACGUACGCAUCGUCUGCUUUGGUUUUUUUUGUUUUUCUAUGAAAGUGUACAUAUUAUAUAUAUUUUGUUAUUUAAGAUAUUUUGGCACUCAGAUUCUCAGUCGAUUGGUAGCGUCUGGGUCAUGUGCAUGUUGAUCCGUGUUCAUGGGUCCAGGUGAGUUUCGGGACAGGAAAUGAUGUCAGAGACCAAACGCUGGCUGCUCCUCUGUGGCAGCUCUUUACUGACACACUGAGGGAGGGCUCGUCCGUGUGUUUGCUUUAGUUUGAUUAUGAUUGAUAUUAAAAAUUUGCCAAAAAUCAGUGAUGGACAAAGUCUCGUCAAUGACUCGUCAAUCAGACACACUGUCGGCCUUCUUCUGCAAACUGCUGUCAAGCCCUUGUACUGUUUGUAAAUACAUUUAGUGUACAGACCUGCUGGAGGUGGCCUUGGACUGUUUCUGAGGGUGAAAAGGUCAAAAGUUAGUGAUCUGCUGUGCCUGUUUUGGAGGAUGCAUCAUACACUGAAUUUAUUUUUUGUUUCAUUGGUUUGCUCUUUGUGUGUGUUUUUUUGUGUGUGUGUUUCCACUGAGAGCUAGUUGGGAUGAAGGACGGUUCCAGUGGUUCUGCGUGUUUCUGUGUUGGAUAAUGUGCACACAGCAGCUGACCAGUUUGUGAUAUCGAUGUUUUAUACCCUCUGCACUGCAGAUCAACAGCAUCAUCUGACUUUACUAAAGUAAUCUACCAGCAAACACUUUAGGUUUCAUUUCAAAGUUAGAUCAUUUUUCUUUCAGUCCGCUCUGCUUUACCACCAAACGACCACAAAUCUCCGACCUUAAUAAAAGCAGAAAUGGACGUGAAGCGGAUAUUGAACUCCAGAAAGUCUCUGGUUUCAAGGAAAUGAGCGUAAAGCAAUAACUGUGGAAGACAACUCCUCAGAGUUUGACAUGUAUUAUUUUACGUUCAACAUACAGAGAAAAACAUCAGAAAUCUGGUUUUGAAAGAAAGACUUCUUGGACAACCUUUGAAAAAAACAAAAACAGAAGAGUUGUUCACCAUUGAAUGUUAGUUUUUGAGGUAUUUGUAAAUUAAAUAUUAAAAAUCAGAUACAUUUAAAAAGAAAAUGACAAAAAAGUUUGUAUGAUGCUGCUGCCUGAACAGAGUGCAAAGAAAAAGCAAUAAAGGCAAAAAAGCCAAAUAUCAGGAUAAGAUAAUAAAGUAUCCAAAAAGAGAGAUCAGUUAAAGGAAUACUUUUUUAUCUUUUUUCAUAUUUUAAAUACAUACAACACAAAAAUGUAUGUUUUUUGUAAUUUUACAAAACAAAACAAGAACGCUAAAUUUCCACUGUCGUUAGUCCCAAAAAGAUGAAUCUUUAAAAAAGGUUACAAAGAGGCACAGACUGGUCAGGUGACGUGAUUCAUAGUGAACCAGCUGAAACAUGCGGACUCACCGCUGCGCUCCUUUAAAGGCCCGUGUUGUGAAUACGAUGUACUGAUUGCUCACUGUGUAGUUUAUCGUGUAAAGAUUGAUUUUGUUUCUGAGAGCGCUACGUUGCCCAGAAGACUUGCAGCAUUAACAAAGUAGUGACACUUUUCCUGCUUUCUUUUUUGUUUCCACUGAACCUUUGAGAAGUGAAAGUUGUAGAAAUAUCCAGGUACAGGACGUCCUCAGGCUAAAAGUUUGCGUACAUUUAGUGCGAUGCUUUUAUUUUGGUUUAGAAAAGCUGAAAGCGAUAGAAACAUUUCUGAUUUGAUACUUCAAAUGAAACGUUUUUGGUUUUUAAAUAUUUUCACCAGUUGGAAACCUAGUUUGAAACUUCACAUCGCAGUUUUGUUCUUUUUUUUUUUGUUGGUGUAAAUUAAGUACUGUACAUGUGAUUCUUUGAUGCUUGCGUUUUUUUAUAUAUUUUUUUGCAAAAAAUAAUGCCAAAUAAAAAGGUUUCAUUUAAAGAGA